UAUAUUACGCCCCACCGUAAUCUCUCCCGCUUUCUCCCUCCUCCUCUUCUUCCUCUCUCUCUCUCUCUCUCUCUUUCUCUCUCACUGUAACCCUAAUUCAUCCGUUUCACCUUAGAUAGAGAGAGAAAAAGAGGGUCACAGAAGCUCCAAUUUCCCCCUUCUCUUCCCCUUCCCUUUUCCCCCUUUUCACUUUUGUUCAUCCUCCCCGUAAAUUCUCUUCUCUCAUCAAUGGCUGCUGCGUCACGCCUGGUUCCGUAGAGCUUAGCCUUUGAUUCGGCUUUUAGGGUCUCCGAUCUCCGAGCUUCGGAUUCGAUGGAGCCUCGAGUUGGGAACAAGUUCAGGCUCGGUCGCAAGAUCGGGAGCGGAUCCUUCGGGGAGAUCUACCUCGGUACGAAUAUCCAGACAAAUGAGGAGGUUGCUAUUAAGCUUGAAAAUGUGAAGACGAAGCAUCCCCAACUGUAUUAUGAAUCAAAACUCUAUAAAAUUCUUCAAGGCGGAACUGGUAUUCCAAAUGUGAAGUGGUUUGGGGUUGAAGGUGACUAUAAUGUGCUUGUGAUGGAUUUGCUGGGACCUAGUCUUGAGGAUCUGUUCAACUUUUGCAGUAGAAAGUUGUCCCUCAAGACUGUACUGAUGCUUGCGGAUCAGAUGAUUAAUCGAGUUGAAUUCGUCCACUCAAAAUCAUUUCUACAUCGGGAUAUCAAACCUGAUAAUUUCCUUAUGGGUUUAGGGAGGCGUGCUAACCAGGUCUAUAUUAUUGAUUUUGGUCUCGCGAAGAAGUAUCGAGACACUUCAACUCAUCAACAUAUUCCUUACAGAGAAAAUAAGAAUUUGACUGGGACUGCAAGAUAUGCGAGCAUGAAUACUCACCUUGGGAUAGAACAAAGCCGCAGGGAUGAUCUAGAGUCGCUUGGAUAUGUUCUGAUGUAUUUUCUGAGGGGAAGUCUUCCCUGGCAGGGACUGAAAGCAGGAACAAAGAAACAGAAGUACGAAAAGAUCAGUGAAAAAAAAGUUGCGACAUCUAUUGAGGCCUUGUGCCGGGGCUACCCUUCAGAAUUUGCAUCAUAUUUCCAUUAUUGCCGGUCACUGAGAUUUGAUGAUAGACCUGAUUACGCGUAUCUGAAGAGACUCUUCCGCGACCUUUUUAUCCGCGAAGGAUUUCAGUUCGAUUAUGUGUUUGAUUGGACCAUUUUAAAGUACCAGCAAUCCCAGAUUGCUACUCCUCCCACCCGUGCUCUCGGUUCAGGCACAGGACCAAGUCAUGCAGUGCCUCCAUUUGCUAAUCCAGAUCGGCAGUCAGGUGAAGAUGGAAGACCUUCUGGCUGGUCUCCAGCAGAUCCUUCUCAUAGAAGACCCUCUGGACCCAUGCUGGCUUCUGGGAGUGGGCUUAAGCAGAAAGCUCCAGCUGCAAAUGAUUCUACUAUUUCCAAAGAUGCCAUGUUAUCUUCUCUCAGUUCUUUGCGUCCGGGUGGAUCUUCAAGGAGACCUACUGUAUCGGGCAGCAAUGAUGCAGUGAAUGUUGGGGUGGAUCCUGAUCCUCUCCAUCGCAAGAUAGACUUGAGCCCCGGGGCAAGUCACAAGUAUUCCAGUGCUCAAAGAAGUUCACCCAUCAUAUCCUCAGAGCAGAAGCGCCCGUCUUCAAGGGGUGUCUCAAACAUCAAGAAUUUGGAGUCCACCUUAAGGGGCAUCGAGGGCUUGAACUUUAACAACGGUGACGAGAGAUUGCAGCAUUAGUAACUUCCAAGUCUUGCAAUCACUCUGCCCCUUGUAAAUUCUGCAAAGCUAUACAGCUCAAGGACAGCUGAAGCACUAAAGUCCCUCUGCAUUUUAACAAGUAUGUCGCAACUUUCUCCUCUGUAAUUCCUAUAAUAAGAGGUACACUAGAUGAUAUAAGCGGGGCUUGCUUGCUGCACUGGAGGUGCCAAUUUGGGUUUGUACCCGCUGCUAUUUGCAAAGUCAUCUUUAUAUGUUUGAGAUUCUAUCGUGGUUCUUGUUGUUUGAUCAGUUAAAAACAGCAGAAAGUGUAAGUAGGUGAGUUGUCAUUCUGUAUCUUUUUCACUCACUUCUGAAGAAACGGAGGAUUGAGUCGAGCGUUUCAUUGAUUAGACACUCAAGUCACAUGCUGUAUUUACCAUCGACUUGGGUAUGGAGUCGCGGAAUGUUACUCUCUA